AAAGUAUCGAUAUCAGUAAGUAUCGAAAGUAUCGGAACGUCCCUAAGUGUAUAGUUUUCUACAUUCACAAAAUUCACAUUUUUGUACUUUGUUUCAAUUGUUUGCGUAUUGUGUUUUUCUGUGAGUGACAUUUAAUAACAGUGUAAAGAAGAGUAGAGUAGAACUUUUAGUGAGUUUAACUCAUGUUGAAACCAUUUGAAAUGUGAAUCAGAAACAGAAAAGUGGAUCGGUUGGGAAUAUUCCAGCUAAAAAACCAUGCCGUCUGUAACUAACAAUUCCAUUGGACCACAUGGUGCUGGAAACAACAUGAAUUGCUCAAUAAUUCCUAACAAUGAGGAAUGUGGAAUCAGAGACGUGUGGGGAUACAAUUUGAAAGAAGAAUUUAAGACUAUCAGGCAGAUUGUACAGAAGUACAAUUUUGUCGCCAUGGACACUGAAUUCCCGGGUGUGGUAGCAAGACCCAUUGGGGAGUUCAGGAGUACCGCCGACUAUCAAUAUCAACUACUGAGAUGCAACGUUGAUUUGCUCAGAAUCAUUCAGCUCGGAUUGACAUUCUUAGAUGAGGAUGGAAAGCCUCCGUCUGGACAGUAUACAACUUGGCAGUUCAACUUCAAAUUUAAUCUCUCGGAGGAUAUGUAUGCACAAGACAGCAUAGAUCUACUUCAAAACUCUGGAAUCCAAUUUAAGAAGCAUGAAGAGGAUGGAAUUGAUCCAUUUGAGUUUGCAGAACUACUUAUGGUUUCCGGCGUUGUUCUAAUGGAUGAAGUGAAAUGGUUAUCAUUCCACAGUGGGUACGACUUCGGAUACCUUUUGAAACUGUUAACAGACCAAAACCUUCCUCAAUCCGAGAAUGAUUUCUUCGAUCUUCUGAGACUGUAUUUCCCAACCAUCUAUGACGUUAAAUACCUGAUGAAAAGCUGCAAAAACUUGAAGGGCGGUCUGCAAGAGCUGGCCGACCAACUGGAGCUGCAGAGAGUUGGGCCGCAGCAUCAGGCAGGCAGCGACUCCCUGCUCACCGGAAUGGCCUUCUUCAAAAUGCGAGAAAUGUUUUUCGAAGAUAAUAUAGAUGAUGGAAAGUACUGUGGCCAUCUGUAUGGAUUGGACACUCUGUGCUCGAGUAACGGCAACAAUUACCUGGACAACGGAGGAGGCAACAACGGCAGUCCCUCCUCUUGGAACGGCCAGAUCGAGUCGAAAAAGUCAAUCGACGAUCACCGGCCGAUCGAACUCAAGAACGCCACAACUAUCCUCUUCAAAAUGCCCUAAGGCCUAUUCAAUAGUAAAAUCUCCAUUCUACCGCAUAGAGCACAAAACUGCUUACUUUAUAUUCGUAGUGCUGAUACCGUUGCUGUCUAUUCAAAAUUCUCUAAUAAUAUUAAUAUUAUUGUAAAAUCAAUUAAUUCGAGCUAUUGCAAUACCUAUUCAAGUACUAAAUGUUUUUGAAAGUCGUGUAAAACCAAUUGUUAUGUUUUUGAUAUUUCAUUAUUAUAUUACUUAUAAAUAUGUACAUUUCCAAAGCGCAGUUCACUUAAUAAAAUUUCGAGUUCUGUAAGUG